CCAAAACCCAAUACCACCACCACGUCGACGACGACGAGGACAGAGAUCGGCGCGGCACAUCAUGGCAUCGCGCAUAGCUCAGAAGGGGUACGCAUAUGCGAGUAAGGAAUCAGCUUUGAUUCAUCGUCAAGCGGGGUCGGCGAGCGACGCAAGUGACAACAGCGAUGGCAACGACUCGGACGCUCCACAACUAUCGGGUCCCCCGGGAAAGCAGCUGCGCAUGCCGCCUCCAUCUGCGGUGGAAAACGACGAAGAUUCCGACGGGUAUGCGUCCGUGAGCAGCAGCAGCAGCAGCGGCAGCAGUAGCGAUGACAGCGACAGCGAUGACGACGACGAUACGCCGGCUGUACCCACCCCCCAGUACCCCAUCCUUGGUGCCCGCGCGCGCAAGCGGGUGCGGCCAUCGACGUCGUAUUCCAAGCAGAUGGCAGUGUACGUGCGCACGUGCCUUCUCAACCUGCGCCAUGCCACUGAAGACCAACCGGACGUGUACCUCAAUGACGUCGAUCAUGUGGCGUUCCGGGAGGCGCUGCGAGAGCGCCGCGUGGAGCGUGUGCUUGUGGCAGACUCGCCGCCGCCCGACAAGCAAGACAUGUCGUCUUCCACAGACAAAUCUCCUGACGACGUCGGCGCCGUGCCGCCGCGCAGUACCAAGGACAAGAAACGAAGCAAGAAAAAUAGUAGUUCAUCUUCUAAAGAAAGCCCGUUGUCGUCGAAGAAGGCCAAAGUCGACCCGACGCACCCGUCGCCAGCAACUAGCUCUGCAACUAGCACAGGCUCCACGUCGUUCGUAAACAACUCAUCGAGCCACCCACCGGCCACGCUACCACCGGUGGCCACGUCAUCGUCUCCAACAACCACGAUCUCGGUGCCGAAAUCCGCCUUGUCCUCGACCGUGACUCCGCCCACGACCUCGGCAUUGUCGACUUCAAAGCAUCAUUCAAAGACGACAAAUGGAGCUUCCGCCUUGGACGACAAGGUAACCGAUUCCAUGAGUCCUGCCGAGAAGAGUCCAGUCAAGCGACCGGCGCCGCCGCAGCUCUCGGGUGGCGACGGAGCCGACGUGGAGCCACCACCGCCGUGCGCCAAGAAGCCCCGAGUUGCGUCCUCAGCGGCGGCGGUAGCCGACCGUACCCGUCCGCAGGCGUCGUUUCAAAUCCCUGCCAACGCCGAUGUUACAGACAUGGAUCGCGUACGGCGGGAUAUUUCCAAGCUGCAAAAGGAAGGCAUUGCACUCAAACACGAAGGCGACCGCGUCGGCCGCGCCGACAUCUCGGCGCAGGGGGUAUGCUAUCUCCGCGCGUCGGCCAAGUUUCUGCAGCAGGCGCUGCUCUUGUCCGACCUGAAAGCCAUGUACAAGGCGUUAAACGACUCUGCGACAGCGUCAAAGUGGUCGAAAGACUCGAUCUCGACGCUGUCGCAGACCGCGGCGUUGGUCGAGUCCACGGUUGGCUUCUUCAACAAAGCCAACGACAAGCGAAAGGUCGCGCUGAGCUACAAGUUUGGCGCGAUCGUCAUGCUCACGUCGUACCGGCUCCAACACAACAUGCUGUACGGGUACUACUCGCAGCUGCACGCGCCAGGCCGGUCCCCAGACACUGGCGAGAGGCUCUCCAAGGCGAACGAAGACCCCAUCCGGUCGCUUAUUCUCAAGGAAAUGGGCGCCAUGAUGCGCGGGUUUGAGUUCUGGAGACGCUUUGAAGCGUGCGCAGUGGUGCCGCCGGUGCUGCCGAAUGUCAGAGACCCGGCGACUGUGGAUUUGCCGACGCUGUGGCAGGACCUGGACGACGAGUUGAGUGUACCGGGAGGUCGCCCCCACUAGCCCCAACGCUCGGUAUCAUCGCUGAGAUGCCAGAUAUGAACAACCAAUCCCCGAGAGAGCCCCCCCCAUCCAUAUGAUAUGGGGGCUGCUUGCGACUUCCUUUGAAGGUGGGGCAGCAGUGUGUGCGAUUUUCUAAUUUAAAGCCCCAACUCAUAUUCUCCGUUGCAGACAUUCAAGAUGGAUGGAUAGAUGGAAAUACAUAUAUAUAGAGGAAUAGCUAACAACACUAACCUGACUAAUUGUUAGCUUGCUCAAGGUCCCCG